UUAGCUUCUCUCUCUGUGGCUUAGCUUCUCAAUCACCGAUGUUGGGCGCCACCACCUAUCCUAGGCCAUCCUCUUUCUUCUGCAACAACUUCCAGAGCCCAAACAGUAACCCUAAAUCCUCCGUGCAGCAACAAAUUUCGUUGAAAUGUCGCUGUCGCGUCGUCGGAUCAUUGCCCGACCACUCCGAGGGAGCAAAGGUUGAGUAUAAUCCAUGGCUUAUCGCUGGGCUUGGAAACCCUGGUAACAAAUACCAUGGAACUAGACACAACGUGGGAUUUGAGAUGAUCGAUUGCAUUGCUCGGGCGGAGGGGAUCAGAUUGAAUACUAUACAGUCCAAGGCAUUGUUUGGAAUCGGCUCAUUUGGUAAGGUGCCAAUUUUGUUGGUGAAGCCGCAGGCUUACAUGAACUUUGUCGGAGAAUCGAUAGGAUCACUUGCUGCAUAUUACCAAGUCCCCUUGCGGCAUAUCCUAUUGAUAUAUGAUGAAAUGAGCUUGCCUAAUGGUGUCUUGAGGCUUUCACCAAAGGGUGGUCAUGGACAUCACAAUGGAGUUAAAAGUGUCAUCAGUCAUUUGGAUGGUUGUCGGGACUUCCCGCGUUUAUGCAUAGGUGUUGGGAACCCGCCUGGGAAAAUGGAUUUGCGAGCUUUUCUGCUACAAAAAUUUAGUUUGGUGGAACGGGAACAGGUGGAUGUUGCACUCGAGCAAGGAGUGGAGGCUGUUAGGACCGUUGUACUGAAGGGCUUUGAUGCCAGCAUCAGCAGAUUCAACUUGGCUCAAAAGUAUAAAUUUCAUAAAGUUUGAGACUGCCUUUUUUU